AUGGGCUCCACGGGACUUGAGAUCAACGAGGUCGAGUGCCUCAUCAUCGGUGCCGGAUUUGGGGCUGUGACGCUCCUGCAUCGACUCCUCAAAGAAGGAUUUGAGGCAAGAGUGUAUUGGAACUGCUAUCCCGGAGCUCGGGUCGACACUGACACCCCAAUCUAUCAACUGUUCGACAAAGAACUCUGGGAAGACUUUACCUUUCGAGAGCGGUUCGCCGGAUGGCAAGAGCUGAGGCGUUACUUCAAGCAUGUCGAUCAGAAGUGGCAGGUCUCCAAAUACUUUGGUCAGUCAUUGUCGAAUUUUCCUGAGCCGCUGAUUGAAUCCACAAUAUACAAUGCUGAACCCGCGGUCAGAAUGGAACAAGAACGUUGA